AUGACCGACCAACGCCUCCCAAUCCAAACCCAACACUGCCGCUUCUGCAACCACCUCCUGCUAGCAACAACACGCAACAUAAGCACGCUCCCACGACGCGGUGGCGAAGGCAAAGACAAAGCACUGAUCUUACCACUCGAACGCAAGAGCUCAACAGACGGGGAUGUAGAAGCCGAACUCGAAGAAGAAGCCAAGGCAACAGAGACGUCAUCGCGCAAAGCAAGACAUGCCUCUAACCACACGACGCUCUUACUGGCCACUACGGUCCCGGACCGACGGGCGACUGUUAUCCGACGCGAAGACGGGAUUGAGAAGAGGAUUCUUUUGAGAUGUGGGCGGUGCAAGGUUGUUGUGGGGUAUUAUUUGGAUCGGCUGCAUUGGCCCUCUGCUGGGGAUCGGGGAGUGGGGAAGCAAGAAGAAGAAGAGGAGGAACGGCCGCCGGCUGUUUACCUUCUUCCCGGGGCUGUUGUGGAAACGGAGAAGUUGGGGGGUGAGGGGGGUUGGGGAGAGGGAGUGGAGGGAGUGGGCUGUUUAGAUGUACAAUCUACGUACAGAUGUAGAUGGAUAUCUACAUUCUAA